GACAGGUUAUAUUUUGUGAUGGAGUAUGUCAACGGAGGAGACCUCAUGUUUCACAUCCAGCAUGUCGGCAAGUUCAAGGAACCUCACGCUGUGUUCUACGCAGCAGAGAUUGCCAUAGGACUGUUCUUCCUUCAUCUGAAAGGAAUCAUUUACAGGGAUCUGAAGCUGGACAACGUGAUGCUGGAUGCAGAGGGACACAUCAAGAUCGCGGACUUUGGGAUGUGCAAAGAGAACAUGUUAGACGGUGUGACCACCAAGACCUUCUGUGGAACCCCAGACUACAUCGCUCCUGAGAUCAUAGCGUACCAGCCCUAUGGGAAGUCCGUGGACUGGUGGGCCUUUGGAGUUCUGCUGUAUGAGAUGCUGGCUGGACAGCCUCCCUUCGAUGGUGAAGACGAGGAUGAGUUGUUUCAGUCCAUCAUGGAGCAUCACGUCUCGUACCCCAAGUCCAUGUCCAAGGAGGCUGUCGCCAUCUGCAAAGGGUUGAUGACCAAGCACCCUGGGAAGCGUCUGGGCUGUGGUCCGGAGGGGGAGCGAGACAUCAGGGACCACGGGUUCUUCCGCUACAUGGACUGGGACAAAGUGGAGAACAAGGAAGUACAACCUCCAUUCAAACCCAAAGCUUGCGGGCGCGAGGCAGAGAACUUUGACCGUUUCUUUACGCGUCACCCCCCAGUCCUGACCCCCCCAGACCAGGAGGUCAUCAUGAAUCUCGACCAGGAUGAGUUCCAGGGAUUCUCCUUCGUUAACCCAGAGUACCCCUCUGUUACUGAGGAGGAGGCUGCAGAGAGCUAAGACACACACACUCCUUAACCAACACACACACACACACACACUCCUUAACCAACACACACACACACACUCCUUAACCAACACACACACACACACACACCUUAACCAACACACAAAACACACACUCCUUUAACGAACCCACACAAACACAUUCAUACACACAUACAUACAGAUGUAGGGUCUUAAUUUGAUCACCCUGUUGCAGGGUUGCUAGACAGCACCUGAAUAUCCCUCUGUUACUGAGGAAGAGGAGGAGGAGGACAGUCAUACACACACACACACAUUGAUAGCCUCACUUCCUACCACUCUCCCCUCUCUCUCACACCCCCAACAUCAAACCAGCGUCUAUAUAACCCACACUGACCUGUGUGAGUGUCAGAGGAGGCUGGUGUGAGGAGCUGUAGGAGGACGGGGCUCGUUGUAACGACUGGAGUGGAAUUCAAAACGGAACAGGAAUCGAACCGGACGGAAACCACUCGUUGGACUCCUCCCAUACAAUGGGAGCCUCGACCCUCCCCGUAUCUCCUCCCGCCAGCCUCCUCUGGUGAGGACAGAAACUAACGUUGGCCAAACCUAACCUGCCUAAAUAUACUACUGGUUUUUAUUAUGAUGUAGACGACCAGUAUACGAAUGUUCUAGUUGAUGUCAUAGAGGUGCGACAUGGACAGUCGAUCAUCCUGUCUUACUGUAGGGAGACAGGACAGUCUUUCAUCCUGUCUUACUGUAGGGAGACAGGACAGUCUUUCACCCUGUCUUACUGUAGGGAGACAGGACAGUCUUUCAUCCUGUCUUACUGUAGGGAGACAGGACAGUCUUUCAUCCUGUCUUACUGUAAGGAGACAGGACAGUCUUUCAUCCUGUCUUACUGUAGGGAGACAGGACAGUCUUUCAUCCUGUCUUACUGUAGGGAGACAGGACAGUCUUUCAUCCUGUCUUACUGUAGGGAGACAGGACAGUCUUUCAUCCUGUCUUACUGUAGGGAGACAGGACAGUCGUUCAUCCUGUCUUACUGUAGGGAGACAGGACAGUCUUUCAUCCUGUCUUACUGUAAGGAGACAGGACAGUCUUUCAUCCUGUUUUACUGUAGGGAGACAGGACAGUCUAUCAUCCUGUCUUACUGUAGGGAGACAGGACAGUCUUUCAUCCUGUCUUACUGUAGGGAGACAGGACAGUCAAUCAUCCUGUCUUACUGUAGGGAGACAGGACAGUCUAUCAUCCUGUCUUACUGUAGGGAGACAGGACAGUCUUUCACCCUGUCUUACUGUAGGGAGACAGGACAGUCGUUCAUCCUGUUUUACUGUAGGGAGACAGGACAGUCUUUCAUCCUGUCUUACUGUAGGGAGACAGGACAGUCUUUCAUCCUGUCUUACUGUAAGGAGACAGGACAGUCUUUCAUCCUGUCUUACUGUAGGGAGACAGGACAGUCUUUCAUCCUGUCUUACUGUAGGGAGACAGGACAGUCGUUCAUCCUGUCUUACUGUAGGGAGACAGGACAGUCUAUCAUCCUGUCUUUCUGUAGGGAGACAGGACAGUCUUUCACCCUGUCUUACUGUAGGGAGACAGGACAGUCUAUCAUCCUGUCUUACUGUAGGGAGACAGGACAGUCGUUCAUCCUGUCUUACUGUAGGGAGACAGGACAGUCUUUCACCCUGUCUUACUGUAGGGAGACAGGACAGUCUAUCAUCCUGUCUUACUGUAGGGAGACAGG